UUUUUUGGCCAGUUAAUUGUGUUGCAAUACGCGUUAAAAUUCGUAAAAAAAAAUAAGCGCAAAAAUAAUAAACACCAUUCGCAACAUCGAUACGCAAUUAUUGGGCAAGCAGAACGCGCGCAGCAGGCAAAAUUGCCGGGCGCCGAGAUAGAAAAUUCGUGCUAACUGCAAUCGGACAGCAAAUAGUCGCGACCAAGCGCACAAACCCUCGAUGUCCGCGGGUGUGGGAGGCGGAGGGAGCAUAACCACAGAUCAUCACAGCCGUUUGUAUUUUCUUAAUUCGCCAACGGCGCCGCUCACCGCACGCGAUCCCUUCUUUAUAAAGCCGGAAUACCUCAACUAUGAAAAUCCCAUGCACCAUCUCUACCCAAGUAACAGGGGACUUAUAGAAUAUAACAACUAUACGACAGUUGCUGCCGCCGCCACAGGAAACACUGCGUCCGCUGCUGCCGCCGCUGCUGCUGCUGCCGCCGCCAGUAACAGUAGUGCGAAUACCGCUACGGCGAAUAGUGCCACAGUCGCUGCCGUUUUGAAUUUGGAGAAUACCUUUCAGCAGCAGCAGCAACAACAACAGCAAUCGGCCAAUCCUCAACAGCAGCAACAACAACAGCAACACCAGCAACAACAUCCGCAAGACACAACUGUUGGUGGCCAGCAUCAGCAGCAGGCGCCGCAUCCUUUGCAUCAUCAUCUCUCCACAGGCGUUGUUGUUGUCGGUGGUGUCGGCGUUGGCGGCGGAGCGGGCCAUCAAUCGACACGCGCCCAAAAAGCAGCCAGAAGGCGGAGCAACGAAUCCGUUGAGGCACGCGAAAGACGUCUGGAACGUAACGCGGCACGUAUGCGUGAGAAACGGGCCAAGGAAUCGGAGGCGGAGUAUCGCCUCCGUUUGGCCAAAAAUGCCGAAGCGAAUCGGAUACGGCGCCAGAACGAAAACGAAGUACAAAGAACCCUAAGACUGAUGAAGAAUGCCGCCCGGCAGCGCUUAAGGCGCGCCAGUGAGACCGCCGAGGAGCGUAAAAAGCGGCUGGCAAAAGCGGCGGAACGUAUGCGAGUUGCGCGCGCAAGUGCGCCAAAGGUUAUAAAACCGCCGCUAGCGGAUCGGCUGAAGGGCUACUAGGAGGAGCAGAAUCAACAAAAAACAACAACAACAGCAACAACAACAACUCAAUCACAACAAACGAAACCGUAAUUCGUUAUUCGUUUGCCGAGACACGUCACACACACACACACACACAAGCAAACAGAAACACACGCACACACACACCUCUACACGGACACACAAUUGUACUCACGCCCAUGGUGGCGAUGGUGGUGAUGGUGGCAGCAGCGACAGCAUAAGACCGUAGUACAGUACCAGAGAAAACUCUUCCCAGAUCCAGCAAAAUAUCAGCAAACGGACACACCCAAAGCCCACAUAUGUGUAACAUACAGACAAAUACAAAUGAGCAGAGUUCUGGAACGAUAGGAAGGCAGCAAGUAAGCACCAAGCAGCUGAAGCAAGCAAGCAAGCAGUCCAAGCAGUCGUCGUUGCCGUAAAUCUAGAGAGGAUUAAGCGCUCUUACGGAUUGUUGGUAAGCACACACACAUACAGAAACAAACGAACACACACAGACAGAGAUAAACACAGACACAGACAGUAGACAGCAGACGAACCUGGACGGCUCGAGCACCUCGGACUUAACCUGGCACCGGAAGCACCAGAGCGUCCGGUACAGGGGGAGCAGCAGAAACAGCUGAUGGAGCAACGUCAUCAACGUCGUCGUUUUAGACAGCUAAGUAAAUGAAGAAGCAGAGAAAGGGACAGAGAACGAAAGAGAGAGAGAGAGCGAGAGAGAAAGGUCGAGGAGAGUUAGAAGAAAAUGAAGAAUAAGGAAAUAAAAUCUAUAUAAAUAUAUGUAUACAUAAAAAAGAAAUCAUAAAGUUUAGAUGAAACCAGUUGUACGGAUCGAUCGUAUGUGGGAGCAGGAACAGAUAUAAUAAUAAUGAAUAAUGAUGAUUAUGAUAAUGAUAAUGAUGAUGAAGAUGAAGAUGAUGGCACUUUUUAGAAUAUAGCGCCGGCAAUUUUUUUUUAAGUUAACAUUAAUAUGAAAGAUGAAGAGUAAAGUAUUUUUAUAAUGCAUGCAUUAUAUUCGUACGAUAUAUAUAGUUAUAUAUAUAAAAAACAAAUAUAUAUAUAUAUACAUAUAUUAUAUACAGAACACACACAAUAUAUAUACAUACAAUACAUGUAGAAAAUAGUCAUGUGUAAAUUUAUGCACGUCACCUCACACGCACACACACACACACAGACGAGCACACAGAUACACACACAAAUACACAGACACAUACGCUUACAGCAGCUCUAGACCCAGCCCAACCCCAAGACCCAGCCCAACCCCAAGACCCAAACCGCCCCGAGCCAGCCAAGCACACAUCCGCAACCCGAACCCAAACCCCAAGAACUCACACAAAGUACAGCAAAAUGUUAAAGUCGAGCAAAAACUUCAUCCCCACAUGUGUAACCCCAACCCAUACAACCACCGACCCACCCACAAGCCCAUACAUGCACACACACAGACACACUCAUAACACCAGCAUACGUAGCGUAUGUGCUGCGAGUGUCCCAAAAAUCAGGGUGAUUCGUUUUGUUAGCAACAGAAAAAGGACCAAACACACACACGCACACACAAACACAAACUGUACAUAGAAGAAGAAAUGCAAACCAGAUUGGAAUGUUCCCUCUUCCAAUUGGAGUUUCCCGCGCUGCAACAAGUGCAGCAAAUUGGCAGCACUUUUCUCCCUCGCUCCGCCACCCCCUCGUCCAUUAACCCAUUUUCUGUCGCACAACAAAUCUGUCGAACUUCAAGGACAUUUCAAUGUUUGCGGGGACACUUUAGAUCGUACUAUAGCUUAACUUUUCAGACUUAGAAAUAAAAAAAAAAAAUAAAAAAGCAGGUAGAAAAGCCAUAAAAAAUUAUUUAAUUUUUAUGUGUAAAAAAAAACAAAAUUCAAAUUGACCUUUGGAAGCAACUCAACACAACUAGUUGGAAUUACAGAUCGGUUCCAUUUGUAUGUACUUCGCUUCCUACUUCAAGGUUGAAUUUUAUUUGAAUUUCCAUUUUCUAGCAAUAGAAAAAACAUAUUUAUUCUAACUUUCUUUGGGCCUUUGCUGAGCUGCAAUUCCCACAACUACUUAUGACUAAUUGUUUACGUAUAUUAACAAUUUUUUUUUUUAGAUACUAUGUUUGUUUGACUAAACGUUUUAGUGAAUUUAUAUUUGUAAAGUCUAACAUGUAGCGCUCUUCCCCAUUGUUAAGAUCCCUCUGUAUUAAUAACGACUUGUUGUAUAUCUGCAUUGCAGGACGGUUGAGUAGGAAAACAACUUUCGAAUGUGUGGCAGCAAAUGGGUAAUUGGUGCAUUAAAUCACAAAUUUUAUUGAUUUUAUUUGCAGUUCUCAUGAGAAUGGCAGCUUUACACACACACAUACACACACAACUCACAUACAUACAUACAUACACACAUAUAGCGAUUUACAUAUUAAAAACCUACAUGUGUUACAAUAAUGGAAAUUUGUGCAAGCUGUUAAUUCUGUGGCCGUUAGAUUUGAUUUGAAAAUCUGUUUCGCUUGCAGGAAUCUUCCAGUAACUAUUUUAUUUAGUUUUAAACAUAAAUUGCCUAAAAUGAAACACCCUAAUGCAUACAAGUAAAAUACCAACCCUCCUCACACUAUUUGGGGGGGUGUGCUUGAGCAUGUAUGUGUGUAUGUGUUUAUAUAAUUUGUAAUACACACACACAGGCGUACGCGCAGGCACACCGCACGAAAACGGACAUCAGCAAUCACAUAUAAUACGAGUAUUACAGACACAAACACACACACACACGCACGUAGAUAUGUACAUAUGUGGUCCGUUGCCAAGGCAUACAUAUAAGGCGGGCAUAUGGUUGAGGCAACACUCGAAGCCACUCCACACACGCAACGCGCACACACACACACACAGAGACACACACCCACGCCCAAAUGCCACUCUAUAAAAAAAGAAAGAAUUAAGAAAAAAACACACA